UUAUAUUUAUGAGUUUAUUAAAUUGAAAUUGUAAGUUCAACGAUUAUUUUCAUCGGUGCUCGCUGAAAUUGAAAGCUUUUACGUUCUAUUGAGCUCUUUAACGUAAUGUACAAAUCGUUAUACGACUACAAGACCGGAGAUAAGACUCAACUCAAAGUACGGACAGGACAAACUUUUGAAUUUGUCAAAGCACACGAUGAACACUGGUGGUUGAUGACAUGUCAGGAGAAUGGCAAAACAGGUCUUGUCCCCAGCAGUUUUUUAACUGAACUUAAGCAAAAAACUACCUUGGAAGAGAAAAGUUCCGAGCUUGACUCAAUCGAUCGAGCAAUCGAAGCCGUUCGCCGAAACUCUAAAAAGCCUGGCAAACUUGACAAGAAAGAACAAGCGAAGUUACAGAAAUUGAUCAAACAACGUGAACAAGUAUCUUCUGAAUAUUUAAAAGAGAAAAAUCUUGCCCAAAACAAGCAACAAUCAGGAAUGGGAACAGUAUCUUCUGAUCUUGGUUUCCCACUGCAACCUAACAGACCUGCUCCCGAUCCCCCAAUGGUUGGUAAGAAGAGAAAAGCACCCAUGCCUCCAAACAAUUGUAACAUUCCAUUAUCAAUUGGUAGUGAACUUGUAGAACAAAUUCGAAUAAGCACUCAACUCCCUUACACCAAAAGCAUAACGGCUGUGGAAACAUUGUUAUCCCAUAUCACAAAUCGUGUUCCAUCUCUUUCUAAAGAAGUUGACUACAUUUUAGAGUCAUUAUACUAUUUCAAGGAUAAUUCUUGCAGUGUUUCUGAUGAAGAACUGCUAAAUACACAUGAUGGUAUAUGCCUAAGGGCUCUAUUUGAUGAGCUGGUAAAAUGUAAGGAUGACUCACAGCAACGUAGCUGGGCUUUACACGAAGAUGAAGACACUAUAUCACAAUUUUUGACUGACAUCAUAUCAAUAUUGAAUGAUGCUAAUCCCAAUGUUUGCUUGGCCGCAAUAAGACAUGACUCAUACUAUGCACUAAAUGCAAUGGUUGAAUACUAUCAAAUGGAAACCAGGAGAACAUUACGUAUCCUUUUGCUUCAAGUGCUUUGUGGUUGUUGCAGUCUUGGUGCCGAGGUUUCUUCACAGUUACUUUGCACAGUCCUUCCUGUGGAGCUUGCACGUGAUAUGCAAACUAAUUGCAAAGAUAUUGACAAACUCUUGAAAUCAGCUCAGUUGUGCACCAUGAUAUAUUCAACUGGAGAAGCACUACCUUAUCACCAUUAUGAAUAUUUGAAUGAGGAAUUUGUAAAGUAUUUGGUGGCAAUGAUUGAAAAUCCUCCUUGUGAAAGUGAUGAUGAAGAAAUAUUUGUGAACACAUUUGUUACGUUGAUCCUCUCGUUCAACCAGCAUUUUCAAGAUGUGAAAAGCAACACAGUGAUGAAGAUAUUGUCAGAUAAAGGAACUUCGAAAGUUUUAACGGAAAAACUUAUGUUACUUGUCAACAGGGAAGAUGAUCCCGUGAAUAUAUUUGGCAACUUGAACCCAAUUCAAAACUCCUUGUUAAAGUUCUAUGAAGAUAUCUUCUCCAGUGAAAGUACUUCAGGGCUUUUCUUCACUACGGACCUUAUGGUGUUGAUUGACAUUGUAUUACGUAAAGUAUCUGACCUUUCGCCUGGUGAAGAGUUGAGAACAGAGUAUCUAUCAUUACUACACUCCAUCAUGAUGACAACAAAUUAUGGGGACUACAAAUAUCGUCAUGAAGAGCUUGGUAAAUGCCUGAGAAGAAUUAGCAAGGAGGAAGCUGCAGAUGUGGAAAAAGAUCAUCUUGUUGUUAAAGAAAUACUUCAAAAAUUUCCUGGUUUGUUCUGAUCAUUCUUCACUAAAAUAAUCUUCAUUGCACUAAUCGAUCAUCACAAUAAUUUAACCAACACAUAUCAAUUCAUCAAAUGGAGAAGCUUAAUAAAUUAUUAUCGUAUUUAUAUUAUGGUUCAAAAGUAAUACACCAAUUUAGAAAUAGAUUUUCAUUUUAUAUUUCUGUAUGCUGGUAUGAGCCUGGCUAACAAUAAAUUAUUUCAAUAGUUUA